AUGUCUGAGAUUGAGGAAACAUUUCAGCGUAUUAGCCAGCGACCGAACGUGACGGGUAUAAUAGUUGUGAACAAUGAGGGUGUUCCCAUAAGAAGCACCAUUGAAGAUACUGUAACACAGAACCAGUAUGCGCAUCUGAUCACGGCAUUAGCUGCAAAAGCUCGUCAUUGUGUGAGGGACUUGGAUCCGACAAAUGAUCUUUCCUUUUUACGUAUAAGGAGCAAAAAGAAUGAAAUUAUGGUGGCCCCGGACAAGGAUUUUACGCUUAUUGUUAUUCAGCGAUUUUCGGAUAUGUAA